AUGGACGGCACCGACAACGCAACCCGGUUCCUCGACCUAUCCUCUCCACAGUGGGACAACUACACCCUGUCGCCCAAUGCUAGCAGCCUGAGUCCCAGCCUGGACUUCGACCUCGCACCUACCUCCAGCUCCAGCCCCAGCCCCAGCCCCAGCUCCAGCCCUGGGUUCAGUCUCGGGCCGGAUCCGAACAUCAGCUUCGACGCAGGUCCUCCUCUGAGUCUGGAGACAACGACCAGCAGCUUCGCUGGCGGUGCCUCGAGCCACGGCCCGUCCUCACUCCCUCGGCUCUGGGCGUCCCACGACACGCCGUUCUGGGACACGCCGCUGAACCACGGGCUCAAUGUGUUCGUGGGCGCCGCUCUCUGCAUCACCAUGCUGGGCUUGGGCUGCACGGUGGACGUGAACCACUUUGGGGCACAUGUCCGCCGGCCAGUGGGCGCGCUGCUGGCCGCGCUCUGCCAGUUCGGCUUCCUGCCUCUGCUGGCCUUCCUGCUGGCCCUCACCUUCAAACUCGACGAAGUGGCAGCUGUGGCCGUGCUCCUGUGUGGCUGCUGUCCUGGCGGAAAUCUCUCCAACCUUAUGUCUCUGCUGGUUGACGGUGACAUGAACCUCAGCAUCAUCAUGACCAUCUCCUCCACACUCCUGGCCCUGUUCUUGAUGCCCCUCUGCCUGUGGCUCUACAGCCGAGCUUGGAUCAACACUCCUCUGGUGCAGUUACUACCCCUCGGAGCAGUGACACUGACUCUGUGCAGCACCCUCAUCCCGAUCGGGCUGGGAGUCUUCAUUCGCUAUAAAUACAACCGAGUAGCUGACUACAUUGUCAAGAUCUCCCUGUGGUCUCUGCUAGUGACGCUGGUGGUCCUCUUCAUAAUGACUGGCACCAUGUUAGGACCUGAGCUGCUGGCAAGUAUCCCUGCUGCUGUUUACGUGAUAGCGAUUUUCAUGCCAUUAGCAGGCUAUGCCUCAGGCUAUGGCUUAGCUACCCUCUUCCACCUUCCACCCAACUGCAAGAGGACUGUGUGUCUGGAGACAGGGAGUCAGAAUGUGCAGCUGUGCACGGCCAUUCUAAAACUGGCCUUUCCCCCACGGUUCAUAGGAAGCAUGUACAUGUUUCCCUUACUCUACGCCCUUUUCCAGUCUGCAGAAGCAGGGAUUUUUGUUUUAAUUUAUAAAAUGUAUGGAAGUGAGAUACUGCACAAGCGAGAUCCUCUAGAUGAAGAUGAAGAUACAGAUAUUUCUUACAAGAAACUAAAAGAAGAAGAAAUGGCAGACACUUCCUAUGGUACAGUGAACACAGAUAAUUUAAUAAUGAUGGAGACCACUCAGACUUCUCUCUAA